AUGAUACUUCGGGCCCCAGAUGUUCCUGCAGAAGCCGCCCCGCCGGGCAGUGUACUUGCGAACGGGCAGAGACAGAGAACCAUCCACCUACAGGGGAGACGUGUCCAUGCGGCCGUAGAAUUGCUGAUUAUCGGUCUGUCCAUUGAUAGAAUUUCAGGCUUUGCUGCUUGGGUGGGGAAUGUGCUGGGUGUCAAUAUAUAA